ACUGUCAAACAAUUACUGAAGUGAAAGAAAGCAAGUGUCAAUGGAGGUCAUGCGUUGCAUUUUAAUGCAUUUUAUUAAUUCAUAAAUCGUUAAAACCGUAAUAAUUGACAAAAAGUCUAAUGAUUUAUGAAACUGUAAUGUGCAUAAUUGUACAGGGUUUUCAGCAGAAUACGUAGUAAUGGCAGAUCAGUUUUGUUUACGUUGGAACAACUUCCAAACAAACAUUGUGAGUGCUUUGGACUCGUUGAAAUGUUCGGAGGAUUUGGUGGACGUUACACUCACUUGCGAAGGCAGAAACAUCAAGGCCCACAAAGUCAUACUGUCCGCGUGCAGUCCGUACUUCAGGAAUGUGUUCAAGGAGAAUCCGUGCCAGCACCCGGUCAUAAUUCUGAAAGAUGUCUCAGCGGACGACAUUGUUAGUCUGCUCUCAUACAUGUACCAAGGAGAGGUGUUCAUAGAGGAGAGCAAACUGUCUUCUUUCCUACACACAGCAGCUCUGCUCCAAGUAAAAGGCUUGACUGGAGUUACUCAGCAGAAAGAAAACUUCACUUGUCCCAAUCCAACAAACAAGUUGUACACUCAGCUAACAAUAUCUUCCAAGUCUAACCUUGCCGGAGCCAAGGAAGCCAAACUUCCAGCUUUGAAGAAAAGACGCAGCAGCACUUCGGACAAACCCUAUGAUGUGACUAUUGGAGAUGGACACAAAAAAAGCAAAAUCCUAGAAACUUGUGAUAUUUAUAAUAGGACUAAUAUCUCCCAACUGGCAAAGUCAGAUACGUCUGUAUUCGUACCUGAAAAUAACAUUGAAAAGAAAAAUGACAGUAAAAAUGAUCAUUCAUCUGCAACAACUAAUGGAAAGUCUUCAACAUCGACUCAGAUUAAUUCUCAAGGAGAGAACAUUCCACUGGUAAUAAAAACGGAACGCAUGGAUGAUGACAGCUCAAGGACACCUCCACAAAAUGCGAACUUUGAAAAUGAUGAAAGUCUUCCAGAUUACGAAAACAGCAUGCUUGCCAGGUCUUUGCUUCAAGGUAUAAAUCCGUCUAAAACUGAUAUCACAACUAACAGUACAUCAAAGAAAGUUGUAAAUGUGGAUAUUCAUACACCCAGACCAAAAGACAUUAACACAGAUUCAAUAAGCUACACAAAUGCUGCCUCUAAAAGUCCGUUAAAAUCCGUCACAUCUGAAGAAUUAUUAGUGAAACCAGAAAAACAGUCGCCUAAAUCGGACAUAGAUUAUGAACCUGAAGUAUUGUUGUCAGAACAUCAAGAUGGGACAGAAGAAAAUGCAUAUUCUCAAGAGCAAUCUCAAGCUUUAUUAUUACUGGCGGGCAUGUCCAACGUCCCAACGUUGGGAGGUGGUGCUUCGACGUCACAAGGUGUGUCACAUCAGCAAUCAAAUCACGCGGCUAUUUGUGGAGAUUGUCCUCAUUGUGGAAUGAAAUACUCCAACCAAUCCGCACUAAAAUACCAUGUCAGAUUAAUGCACUCAGACUUGACAAACAGACUGUGUUGCUAUCUCUGUCCAAGGUCGUUCACUAUGCGCGAGACCUUCAAGGAGCACAUGUGGACGAGUCAUGGUCAAAGGAACUAAUAUUAUUUGUUCAUAUUAAGAUGUGCCUUAAGAUUUAUAUUUUCGAAGGUGGCUAUUGCGGUGGUAAAAAAUGUGCCUUGUAGGAAAAUGCCUAUAAAACAUUGUUUAUUGAGUAGACAGGUAUUAAAUAUCUUGAAUGUUUGAGUAGAGAUACAUAAACAUUAUUAGCAGAUUGUGUUAUGUUAUUGUAUUUUUAAAACAAUUAUGAUGAAAUCAAGUUUUAUUUUUCUUUGUAGUCUACUUAUUUUAUAAUUUAUUUUUAAAGUUUCAUCUGCUAUUGGAUACAUGUUACAUUUUUUAAAUGUUAAAGAGGAAUUUUUAUACAUGAUGUUGGCAUUGAAUGCAGUGGAUUUUUUAAUGUUAAUGUGGUGCAAGCAAGUUGUUUGAAUUUGAAACAACAUGAAUAUUUGUAGGAACAGGAAUAACUACUAAGUUAUCAGACGGUGCUAAAGAAGGAAUAAUUGUGACUGUUGAAUUGAUAUCAGUAUAUCUUUGGUAGAUGUUUGUAAACGAAAUGCAUUAAGAAUAUUAUUAUGCAUCUUAGUUUCAAUUUUGGAAAGUAAUGUAUUACGGCAUAGAAAUAACGAUAUUUUUGUAUCGCCUGUUUAACAGGAACGAAUGUAAUGUAGGUAAAGAAAUUUUAUAGGUAUAGUGCUCGAGCGGCACCGGAGGGGAGACAUUUAAAAAUUAAGAGUAGGCGCACACCGUUGAUUUUUAGUUGGCCGAUAGUUGUGCCCGAUUUUAAUUUGUAUGAAGAAUCGGCCAAAUCGAAUCGGCGUAGUGUGCGCACUCUCAUACAUGCCCAUACUGAUCAACUGCCCGACUAAACUAUCGGCCGACGAAAAAUCAACGGUGUGCGCCUACUCUAAGACUAUGUUUCGCUGACGCUAACUUCAAAUGUUACAAAAACAGCGCUGGACCUAUAUUAUUGUGAGACGUUAUUCUGGAAGACAACCAGGAAUAUGGAAGAUGAUGACUUCGCCAAAAUGAUCUGUAAAGGUUUGCCAAUUUCUAACGCGUCGUCGGAAAAUCAUAUGCACUAAGUUGCAUUUUAAAAUUGUAUCAGUAUUUUCUUAAAUGAAAAGUCAUAGACGUUUCUGUUUCUACUUGAAUGUAUGGGAGCACUGUUCCCACGGCAGUGUUUCAAAAUUUAUGAUAUUAUUAUGUUUGGUAAUUGUGCCAAAACAAUUGUUAUAAUUAAAAAGUUACUUUAUAAGUUACCGAAAUUUUAUAUUGUUUUCAUUUUCUAUUUUCUAGUGUUAGCGUAGUGUUUAAGUUGAAUAUUUUUUUGUUAUAUCUCAAUAUUAUGAUAGUUUUGGUCUUUUGGUAGCAAAAUUUUUGAUCUACUCCGACGCGUCGAAUGCCAUUAGUGAAAGUGUAAUUAACAUAAAAAUAUUUAUUAAGCUAGUGAAAAAUAUUUUUUAAAUUCGAUUAUAGCAGAUAUUUAUAGUUAUCGUAAUGUUAUAGAAUAUAUUUACGUUAAAUAUAAUUAAAUAUUGUUGAACAUUUUAUUCAGAAUUUUACAAGAUUUACAUUUUAAAUUAUGUUAUGAAAUAAAACUUAUGCUUCGUA